UGAGAGACUUUCCUCCAGAAAUAGCUCAGAGUAGAAGUCCAGUCUGCCAGUAAGACCAUUAGGUUACUUAUUACCUUUUGAAACACAAUUAACAGAUUAGUCCAUCACUUUCACUCCAACAUUAUACAUCUUGACAAUUAUGUUUCUCCUUACAUGCACCAGUAAAAGUGCAUACAAGCAGGCCUAUAUUAUGCUCCCAUGCCUUCCCAUCUCUCUUCAGUCAGCCCCUCCCAUCUGAAGGCUUCUCCCUGGUGGUCUUAUCUGUGUGACUUGAGGAAAUAAACACCCCCUCCCAUACGGAGAAUCAUAAAGUAGGGGAUCAGAUGUAGGGCAGGAGGAAACCAGAGGACGGUCUUGAUAGAGAGAUGUGUUUUUUUAUACUGGAGCUGGCUGAUGAUUCAUUGUGUUUGAGCUGGAAGAUGCUGAUGCUGCGUUGGUGCUGAGAUGCUGAUGACAGGCCGAGUCUACCAAACAUCCUCCUGCAUCGUGGAUGGAGCCCAGAGCUAAAAUAGCUGAUAAAUCGGAAAAAAGAGAGGCCAGUUUGAUCCAGUCUGGCUCUGUGAGGAGGAGUAUAUACAGCGGUGUUGGUGGUACCAUGUUCUGGUGAGCGGAGAACCGGAGAACCGGCGUCUGGCGGGAUGAAGGCGCCGAGGAGACCGAGACAGACGCGCCUCCUCCCGCGGUUCUGCGUCUGUGGAGUCGGUCUGCUCGCAGCCGCCUGGAUAUUUAACUUCAAUGAUGUUACAGGCUCCCAUGCACCCACUGCGGAUCCUGGCAUCGCCUUGUCCAAGAGAGAGCUCAUCCAGAAAGAUGACAACCAGACUGACACUAUCAGUGAUUUUCCUGAAGACAUCUUCACUAUGGAGCAGAGGAGACAGGGAGCGGUACUCCUUCAUGUUCUCUGUGCUAUCUACAUGUUUCAUGCACUGGCCAUCGUGUGUGACGUUUACUUUGUGCCAUCACUGGAAAAAGUAUCAGAGAACCUUCAGCUCAGUCAGGAUGUUGCCGGGGCAACCUUCAUGGCAGCUGGGAGCUCCGCCCCCGAGCUCUUCACCUCUCUGAUUGGGGUGUUUAUCACAAAAGGAGACGUGGGUGUGGGAACUAUCGUUGGAUCAGCCGUCUUUAACAUCCUGGUCAUCAUCGGCCUCUGUGGCAUCUUCGCUGGACAGCCCAUCUCUCUGAGCUGGUGGCCUUUGUUUCGUGAUUCUUCCUUCUACAUCCUCUCCAUUGUGCUGCUUAUCCUGGUGAUCUAUGAUGAAAAAGUCAUGUGGUGGGAGACCAUCAUCCUGAUGUCCACGUACGGAAUCUACAUAAUCAUCAUGAAGUUCAACAGAUCUCUGUGCAGCCUGGUAGAGAGACACUGCAGUCGGGCAGGUCAGCCGUGUCUAAGCAGCCUGCGACGGACGACUGCUGUCGGAAACGUUGGAGACUGUGACAACGACAUGGUGCCGCUGAAGCCAGAGUCAUGUGUGGUGGCCGGCCAGGACUCGGGGGUGGUGAUGGUGGAUGAGCUGCUGAACCUACACCCCCAUCAGCUCUCCUUCUCAGAGGCAAGCCUCCGCCUUCUCAUCACCCCGCAUUUCCCCCCCUUCACCCGCCUGCGCAUGGCAGGACGCAUGGUCAUCAACGAGAGGCAGAGGCUGAUUCGGGCCCGGGGUGGCCCAGAGGAGGGGGGAGCUUCAGGGGAGGAAGGUUUGGGUGCUAACGGGCCGUGGGGGAGGGAGAACGGGACGGUGGCGGAGGGAGACAGGCAGCCUCUUGACGGAGAGAGGGAGACGGGUAAAGAGACAUGCAGGGAGACAGGUGGGGGAGCACAGCUUAAAGAGGAAGAGGAGGAGGAGGAAGAGCAGGAGGAAGGAGAGGAGGAGGACGCUCCUUUCAAGCCAUUCGUCCUGCCAGAUGGUUGGUGUGCGCGUCUGAAGUGGCUGCUCUCUUGGCCCAUAAGCGUCCUGCUUCACUUCACCAUCCCCGACUGUAACCUGCCGCAGUGGGAGCGCUGGUACCUGCUCACCUUCCUGUCCUCCACGCUCUGGAUAGCCCUCUACUCCUACCUCAUGGUCUGGAUGGUGACCAUAAUCAGCUACACAUUUGGAAUCCCAGAAGUCAUCAUGGGCAUCACUUUUCUGGCAGCCGGCACCAGCGUCCCUGACUGCAUUGCCAGCCUCAUCGUCGCCCGACAAGGAAUGGGAGACAUGGCCGUGUCUAACUCCAUUGGCAGUAAUAUCUUUGACGUGCUGCUGGGUCUGGGCUUCCCCUGGAUGCUGAGGACUCUCAUCGUGAGCUACGGAUCAGUGGUGACAAUCAACAGCAAAGGCCUGGUGUACUCAGUGAUUCUUCUGUUGGCCUCAGUCAUCCUCACUGUCCUGUGUGUCCAUCUGAACUGCUGGAGGUUGGACCGCAGGCUGGGACUCUGUCUCAUAAUGCUCUACGCCAUCUUCCUCCUGUGCUCCGUCGGCUUCGAGAGUUUGUAGAGGUCACGCACACUCCUCAUACACACACACAAACACACACACAGAGUCACACAAUAGGACGCACAAACAAGUGGUCCGACUUGUUUCCCACCCUUACUGCUGCCAUUAUUCAUCAAAUGUACGGACAAAUGAAUUUUCAUUUCACUUCACGGUGGCUGUACGUGUUUGAGCAGCGUUACUUCAACACCGGCUACUUGAAAGCUGCAUUGUUUACCUUUGAUAAACAAGUAUUUUACAUAGUUUUGUACCGAGUACCUCCAGCCCAGAUUUUGUGAAAUCAGACCCAACUGGUAAUGCACUGUCUCGCAACAAAUUUAUAAAGUAUUGAAUUUAUAUCCUGAAACCAAGAAUAUUGUAUAAGGAAUCCCAAAGCGUGACAUGUUUACUUAUUAAUACUUUAUGACUGCCACAAGUAACCUCAAUUACCAGAUGAUUACACUUGUUUAUGUAGUUGCUUCUCAGUGCUUGAAGUUGUUUUAUGUAAAGUUUAAGGUCCAGUUUUCACCACGCCUUUGUGUCUGUAGUUUUAAACAGCAUAGCAUGGCCGAUCAUCACGCUCAAGAUAAUUGCACUAAGCCACUGUUGUCUUGCC